ACUUAAUGUGGCCAGCACCACCAACAUCAACAACACAGCAACAGCAACAACAACCACCACAUGCUCAUCGUCGGCAACCACCAUAACUACGCCCACAGGCACACCACCCUUGCCACCGUUGCCUAACACGUUUAUAGCCAUCAAAACGAAGAGCGACGCCGGCAACAGCAACAACAACAGCAACAACAGCAGCAACAACCUUACUCUGCAAAGUGGCAACAAUAGUUUUAAAUCGAACAGCAACACAAACAGAAGAUCGCCAAUUGGUCAGCAGCAACAGCAGCAACCGCCGCCGUUGCCAAUGAAAAACGGUGCCAAACAGCAUCAGCAACAACCACAACACGACAAUUCACAUUAUCAACAUCUCAGUUACAACAUGACACAUCUGCAACACUUUAACCCACGCCCCAACAACACACUCGAUCGCAAGCACAUGUCACAUCCACACACUGAAGCUAAUGCUGGCGGUGACUACUGCACGCAAAUAAAUCCGCACUAUCUGCAGACCUUUGACAGUAUUGAUCCCGACCAUUAUAGCGUGGCCAAUCUGCACGCACAUCCGCAUCGCAGCCAGUCAAAGUCGCAGAUCUAUAGCUAUGGCAGCAGCGGCACCGCCAGCGAUACAUCUAAUCAGCAGCAGCAGCAGCAUCCACAGUAUCACAGCAGCAGUAACAUAGCGCACAUUGAACACCACUACCAGCAACAUAGUCAUCCACACCAGCAACAGCUGCAGCAGCAGCAGCAGCAACUGACACACCACCACCAACACCACAGUCUGAAGCACACGAAACACAGCAAGGGUCACAAGGGCAAACACAAUUCCAAGAACAGUAAAUCUCAAGAUGAUUUUAAGGCCAUACACAAGCAGCAGCAGCAGCAACAACAGCAGCAGCAAAAGUGCAGCAGCAACAGCAACAAGCAGCAGCACAAUAAACGCACUAGCAACAAUCAGUUGUUGCCACAGCAGCCGCAACAGCAACACUAUUCUAGCUCCAGCGAUAGCUUGCCGUUUGAUAAUAACUAUUAUUAAAAAUGCAAAUGCACACACAGCUACUCACCCACACACAUACACACUCACGUAUUGCUAUCUUAGUUGUAGAAUGUUGUCGUUGCCCAAAUCACAAAGUCGUAUGUCUAAAACGCACACCAACAGCCAUCUUAAUGUGUCAACGCACUUACACACACACAAACACACAGACACACCCACGCGCACACAUAUAAAAACAUUUACACACACGCAUACCAACACUUUUAAUGGUAUUACAAUCGGGUUGUCACUGUCCGAAACAAUUUGCAACAUGGCGUAUACGCAACAUGCCAAAAACUUUGCAUACUUUUGUGCGCGACCAGCGACAUGCACUCCCACACAAAUUCACUCAGAGACACAUACACACACUCAUAUUUCUAAUCGAUGCUGCUCUGCUAAUGGCAGCUGUUUGUGUUGUUGUUUUAUUGAACUUUUCGUGAAAAGCCACAAAACAUUUAAAUGGAUUUAGCAUAAAAUAAUUAUUGAAUAAUUGAAUAGUUUACCUAAUUAAAUUAGACUGUAGUUGAAAUACCAAAAACUACGGAAAUAUAUAUAAGCCAUAAGUUCGAAUAUACAAGUAAUUACAAAAUUAAUGAUAUUUGCAUUCAAGUGUUGUAGGUUUUAUAAGCCAAAAGUCAUUUAUUGUUAAAUGUGGUCAAAAUAUCUAUAUAAUAAUAAGCUUAGGACCUUAAGAUAUACUUAGAAGUUAAGAAACGACCUUCCUAAUUUACUGCCCCUGCCCAUGACUCACCAAAUAUCUAAUUUUCCGACGUAGUCGGUCAGUCGCACAAUCCCGCUCUCCACCUCUCUCUAUUUCUGUCUCCCUAUCUGUCUCUCUCGCAGCCUUAGCUAAUCAGAUGUUUAUUUAUUUAUUUCUAUAACAAUUUGCUUGAAUUAACUGCCAACAACUCGUACACAACAACAACAACAACAACAACAACAAAACAUACAACAACAACAUACAACACCCCUCCCAUACACAGUCGUCCACUUUGGCCAGCGCCAGCGCCCACGAUGAGCUUGGCAAUCUGCUCUGGCAGCAGGAAGCUACCGAAUUCAUUGAGCAGUUUCCCUGUGCUGCGCCCCGCUGCCCGGUGCCGCCCAUACGCCAUUGCCACGCCCACGGUCACGCCCAUGUCCAUGGGCAUGGUCAGGCGCUGGGCAAACGGGCAAGCAGUGUGGCCGGAGGCGGCGGUGAGCUGUUAUCCACACAGCAACGCCAUCAGCGCGACAUGUUCAGCGGCGACCUGGGCAUACCCGAGAUCAACACACACGUGGGCAGUGUUGUGCACACCUUCGAAACACUGGCGUUGCAGCGCCGCCUGGCUGAGGCCGAGCAGGAUCGGGAGCAGAGUAAGUAUGAGCUGCGCACGAGUAACAACAACAACAUCAGCAACAGCAACAGCAACAGCCAAAGCCAAAGCAAAUACAACCAGGUGAAGCGCAAGUCGCAGGAUCUGCGUCAGCGUCUGCAACAAAUGCACCGACAGAAGCAAAAGCUGCAGGCACAAACACAGUCACUGGCACUGGCACAGGCACAAACACAGUCACAGUCACAACAUCAUCAUGGCCACUGCAUACUAAGCGCACCCGCACCUGGCAAGCUCAUCAACAGCUGCAGCACCCAAAGCCUGGCCAAUCAAUUGGCCACGCUGCCACGGCCAGCACCCACAGGGGCACACUCAACGGAGCAGCUGCGGCAGCCUUAUGGCGGCAUUGCUGACGACUAUCGCAAGAAUCUUUUUGGCACCUUGGUGUCUCAGCGGCGGGCACGCAGCAGCCUGCAACAGUCCAGCGAGGAGGAGCUGCAGGACGAGACUUACAUUGUAAAUGCGGCCUUUGAUGAAAUAUUUGCGCAUUACGAUGACGACGGCGAGGAGCUGGAGGGGGAGUGCAACACGCAGCAGGACACGAGUCACACCUACACCAACGACAACACCAACACAGAUGACCUAUUUGACGAUGAGCACAUGCUGGUCAGCCUGAGCGAGCUGGAUGACGAUGUGUUUGCCAGCCGAGCGCAAACGGCCUCCACCACACCCACGACAGUCGGCGCUGGCCGCACACCCAAGCAUAGUCAUCCGUUACAGAAAUACCCAGCGCCGGCGCCGCCGCUGCAACAGCGCUCUAGCACGUUCAACAAUCUCUUUGACCGCUUUAAGGGCAACUCGUCAACAACGGCGGCGGCAGCAAUUGCCAAGCAUCCGCUUAACAAAACGCACUCGGAGCAGCAGCUGCAGCCUUCGCCGCCGGCUUCGACUCCAACAAAGCUGCACAAGUACGCCGCACAGCCGCAGCUCAAUACGGAGCCGGAUUUUAAUCGGGGAUCUACGCUCAGCCAGUCGUUUGUGCGCCAGCUAAAGCGCGUCUCCUACAAGCAGAAGCGCGCACCACCCGCACCGCCGCCCAAGCCGCGCUCCAAUGUGGCGCAUGUCACACCGCUGCGUAAUGCUCUCAUCUUUCCUAAGCGCUCCAAGUCAUCAAACGAGCUGUUGCUCGACGACCUGAAUGUGCAGGCACGUAAGUAUUUUCGCCGCUCGGAGCACAGUGCAGCGGUGUAAUGGAAUACCGGACUGGAGCCAGCGCACUAUUUCUUACCUCUCUUUUGCUCACCCCUUUUAACCACACUAGCUAUUAAUCUUUGUGACUGAAUACCCUCCCAUAAGCAGAACGAAUGAUAAUCACUUUUCUAUUGAUUACAUUUUUGGCAGAGGCGACGCUCUUGUAGACUAAGUAUCCCGAUAGCCCGCCCGAUACCAAUAACGACCCCGAUACCAUUACAAUCUAGCAUUACCUAACCAGAAACAGCAGAGGAUGAUUGAGUGUAGUGAACCCGCCGCCGCUAAAAUAAAAUAAAAGGAAGCAAAAGUUUCUCUAAAUGGAAAAGCUAAAACGAACCCAAAGAGAUUCGCGCCAUAAUUGGAUUGAAAUUUGCCAGCACUCGUAAAGCCAGCUAAUUGAGUAAAUUACCAUAAUAAUAAGUAUUCAUUAUUACAUUUAUGCAAAGCUCGUUUAUUGAGAAAUCAAAUAAAAUAUGUACUUAUAGGUCAACAGCUUAAAUGUACUUAAAUAUGGAUAUGCAUAUAUUUCUCAUAUUAUAUACAUAAAUAUAUAUAUAAGCUGCAUGUGAAUCAAACUAUUUAAAACAUAAGAAAAACCCCUGAAAUCAUUAACAAUAUGUAUUUAUGUACAAAAUUGAAAUUUUUCAAAUCAAAGAAUUUGUGCCCUCAAAACUUAUGCAUGUUAUUUAUGUAAUUUUUGAAAUUGCAAAUCAUCUAUACAUAUAUACUAUAUAUAUGUAUACAAAGUUCAAAUAUAAAAAUACUUACUAAUGUCGCCAAUUAUAUGGCACAUAACAAGCAUUUGUGUAAUUAUGUAAUCUGUUGUAACUUGUAGACUAAUAAUAACAGCAGCAAAUGUAAACCCAUUACGACAAAGAGAACAUACCUUAACUUAUGUGCAUGCAAUAAAAAAAUCAAAUAUA